CUCUCUUUUCUCUCCACCUCUCUCUCCCACUCCCUUCGCCAUUCCAUCAGGUCCUCACAAACACAGAAGUUCAGAGGGAAGACAGCUCCCUUACCAGAGAAGGAAAGAUACAAAGAAACGGAGGAAGAGAGAAAGAGUGAGGGGAAUAAAAAAAGAAGUGUUAUUAACAGUGGAGGACAAGUUUUGGAGGAGAGGAGAGCAAAGGGAGAGAGGGGUGGUUUGGGUGGGGGGUGGGUAGCGUACAAGGCUGCUCCGUCUGUCUCCUCCAUCCCUCCCGUCUCCGUCGCCGUGGGUUCACAGCUCUCCCUCCCCCCCUCCCUCGCUCCCUACCUCCCCCGCUCGCUGCUGGCGGGAGCCUCCGAGCUGCUGCGGCGGAGGUCGUCUCGGAUGGAGUCGCCGAGAGACGUAGGAGGAGAGACGAUGGAGCGCGGGGAGCGGGCCGAACCACUGACCGAUGCCGAGCGGGAGAUCAUCCAGAACACCUGGGUACACGUCUACGAGAACUGCGAGGACGUGGGCGUGUCGGUCCUCAUAAGGUUCUUUGUGAACUUCCCGUCGGCCAAGCAGUACUUCAGCCAGUUUCAGGACAUGGAUGACCCAGAGGAGAUGGAGCGCAGUGUCCAGCUGAGGCACCACGCCCGCCAGGUGAUGGGCGCCAUCAACAAGGUGGUGGAGAACCUCCACGACCCAGAGAAAGUGUCCUCUGUUCUGGCUCUGGUGGGCAAGGCGCAUGCUGUUAAACACAAGGUGGAGCCUAUGUACUUUAAGAUCCUGUGUGGUGUAAUGCUGGAGGUGUUCUCGGAGGACUUCCCAGAGUUCUUCACGGCAGAAGUGCAAAUGGUGUGGACCAAACUGAUGGGGGCGGUGUACUGGCAUGUGACGGGCGCCUACACAGAAGUUGGCUGGGUGCAGCUCUCCAGCUCGGCAGUGUGAGGGGCGAUAGCAGGGGAGAUUUUUAGGGCUGAGACUGUUCAUAGAAUAUCUUGUUGUGUUCAACUUUUGGGGGAGUCUUUUCCCUCUCCCUGCUGACUCAUUGUGUGUACUUUACUGUAUAGCCCCUGAGAUGUUGUCUGUAUAGCCCCCGAGGUGUUGUCUGUAUAGCCCCUGAGGUGUUGUCUGUAUAGCCCCAGAGGUGUUGUCUGUAUAUCUCCUUAGGUGUUUUCUAUAUAGCCCCUGUGGUGUUGUCUGUAUAGCCCCUGAGGUGUUGUCUGUAUAGCCCCUGAGGUGUUGUCUGUAUGGCCCCUGAGGUGUUGUCUGUAUGGCCCCUGAGGUGUUGUCUGUAUAGCCCCUGAGGUGUUGUCUGUAUAGCCCCGGAGGAAUUGUCUGUAUAGCCCCGGAGGUGUUGUCUGUAUAGCCCCUGGGGUGUUGUCUGUAUAGCGUACAGUAAGUGAGCGUGUGUAUUCUCUAUGCCCUCAUCCAACCCUCAUUGUAGUAUUGUAAAUCUCCAAUGCUUUCAAGGGAACUAAGGGCUCCAUUUUAGGGAGUUUUGUUGCUCACUGAAUGUAUGCCACUUUGGAUUCCCAAACUCACCCUGUCUCUUUCCAUGCCCAUCUCAUGCACUAUACAAACACACCCAUCUGCUAACACCCUGUCCAUACGGCAAAUGGCUAUUUAAAUGUAGAAACAAUUUCAAAGUGAUGGGAUAGAGCCACAGGCUGACAGACCACUGUUAAGGUGCCAUCUCCUCUUUAUAAGCAUGCAUGCACGAGCACACACACACACACACACACACACACACACACACACACACACACACACACACACACACACACACACACACACACACACCACUCUGCCGACUUUGACCGCCCACAUUUACAGAGCAUUUACUUGGUUUACAUUUCCUCAUUAAACUCUCCAUUAAGGGUUUAAGAAACUGACUCCAGAGGUCUCUGGAAAUACAACGGACCCUUUGAAGUAGCUUCAGUGUAUCUUUCACCUCUGAACCACUAGGGUAAGAAAAAAUAUUCAUAUCGACCAUAUCUGAUAUACUAAGCACUCUACAACCCUACGAAGAGGUCUAUACACUUUGGUACAGUUUAAACCAUGUUGGGUUGGCAUGUACAAUACGGUGCCACAAGUUGCUGCUCCCAACUUUUCCCCUGAAUACACUACAAAUGGAUUUUGAGUGUCAGUUUAGAUCCAAUCUCCUCUAUGUCUCUGAUAGUAACUCCUCUGGUCCCUCUCAGAUUUGUCAUUUACCAUUAAUGAAGAAGUAAUGGGGCUCCGAUCUUCCUCUUGUGGUCAUUCAUCAAAUAUCUCCCCUACUCUCUCAUCCUUUCUUUCCUCUGGCCAAAUUCUGAGAGAGAACGGCCCUCUAUCUGCUUUGCUACCAUGGCUACUUGGCUAAUAAUAUAAUUCUACUCAUAUUCUACUGCCUUCUCCUUUGUUGUUCCUUUGGAGGCCAGCAGUAAAGUUACACGAUCAAAGAUAUACAGUUGGCUUAUAUGGCUGAUAAAUAACCGCCACAGGAAGUUGAGCUAAUACAAUAUGACAAACUCAUUCAGCAAGAGACCAGUGGCUGUGGAUGAGAGGAAAUGAGGUGGAUUACUGUAGAAGUUGUUGUCUAUAAUAAAUGAUCUCUCCCAUUACACCUACAGUACAAUACACUCACCAGUCUCACACUGCUAGCAAAACAUUUGACCUUAGAUCUGGAGUACAAACCCGUUAGAGGUCAGCGUCCUCUGUUCCUCUGAGUAGCUCGGGGAGUAUUUGUGUUAGGCGUGAGCCGCCCCGACAGGUUGUUUUAUUAAACACGUCACCCAUAAUUCACAAAAUGGAUACAUUUAUUUUAAAAAUUCUCCCUUCAGCUGUAAGCUCGUACCCUCCAUCUGCAGAGUUUUCCUCCCUGACACUCUCUCGUGAACACACACACACACACACACACACACACACACACACACACACACACACACACACACACACACACACACACACACACACACACACACACACACACACACACACACACACACACACACAGAGAGAGACAUCAUAUACUACAUCUGGGACUUCUUGUUGUGAAUAGUUUUUUUGUCAGUGAGUUUUAAAGCUUGGACUUUAUAUUUUUCUAAAUAUAUAAAACACAAUAAUUAUCUGUUUAUGUAUUUGGAAUGGAAUACUUUAUAUAACUAUGAUUAUAUACAUUUGUUGCCUGGGGCAGUGGGAGUGGUUUUGUGCUGUUUUAGCAUGUUUGCACAGCCUCCUACAGACGUGUACCUUUGCAGACCUGGUGAAAUUAACUAUCAACAACUAUCAAUAAAGUGAUAAUUACCUACA